AGCCGUCAGAAUAACGCCACUUUUUUUUUUGGUUCAGCAAGCGCGAGGGCGGACAAGACGAAGAGACAACGUGCUCCACGACCACACACACAACAUACGACUUACAUCUUGCUUGGCAGCACAGACCACAACCCCCACACCCCCUCCCCUUCACUGCCACAACCAAGCGCCUCCCACAUCGCAGCAACCGCCCACACACACGUAAACACGUACGCAGCCCAAGGAUGGUGCGGACGCGGAAGAAGGCUGGCAAGUCCAGCAAGGAAGUUGACUUCAAGAAGAAGAAGAACAAAGUGGGAAAGUCCAAGCGGCAGGAGAACGCCACCGUCACCACCUUCAAGACCCGGGCCAUCCACGUGACCUCGUCCUUACGAGAAGUCGAUCACGCAAAGGAGAUUGUCACGCAGCAAGGCCAGACCAUCAGCGAUCUGCUGGCAAAGGCCGGCCACUACAACAAGAACGUGCGUGCAGACGCGGUUCACGCCAUGGCCCUGCUGAUCGAGGAUCAUCCAGAGCUGCUGCAGCAGGCCGCAAUUUUGUUGGCAGUGGUGGAGCGCGUGUGCCCGCUCAUCUCCGACCUGUCCCACCGCGUGCGCACCGAAGUCGCUGCGCUGCUCAAAAUCAUCGCCUCCUCCUGUGAUCAGACCCAACUCGUUCCGUACUUCCCACUCAUGGUGGCGCACACCAGCACCGCCAUGACCAGCAUCGACCACUACACCCGCGAGGACGCCCUGAACGUCAUCGACGUCUGGAUCGACCACCUCCCGGCCUUGCUCGGUGAAAUGGGCCACAAGCUGCUGGACAACUUUCUCCACCUCAUCUCCUCCCAAUCCUCUGGUGGCAGCGGCGGUGGCAGCAGUAGUGGCGGACUGUCCUCAUCGUUGGCCUCAUCAUCAGCGAUCGGGUCCAUGCCUGGUGGCCGCCAGCUCUCCGGUGCGCCCAGCAGUGCGCUCAGCAGCAACAAAGGCCGCAAGUCUGUCCUGCAGAGGUUGAACCGCUUCACCCAGAUUGCACUCCGCACACACGUGCCAGAGGUCAACGCACUCCACAGCGAGGCGCAGGCGUUGCCACCUCUCCAGCUUGGCCAGGCGUGUGUGAACACUGUCGGGCUAUACCCGGCCUCCGGCCGCCAGUGGCAGCGGCGCCAGCGCAGUGAGACUGCACCUGCACCAGCCUCCUUCUCCACUGUGCCAGCAGCCACAGCAGCGGGACAACAAGCAUCAGCGACCACAACAGCAACAAGGGAGAGUGCGGCUGCGGUGCACGGCUCAGCGUCUUCUGCUGCGGGGAGUCAGCAGGCUGGCCAGGGCCUCAUGUCGCCAUCGCACGUGCUGUUGUACGCGGUGCAGGAUCUGUGGCCCGUGCUGGACCAAGCGUGGCUGGAGCUCGUGUCCACACGCGAUGCUGUCGGUGUCACCAGCGAAUCAGAUGCAAACACCCUCUCCAUCGUCUCCAUCCUCGUGGAUCUUGCUGUGUGCAUUGUGCAGUUUCUACAGGCCGGUGGCCACAGUGGUGUCACAGCGCAGACAAAGGAACAGCAGCAACAGCAACAACAGCAACAGGAGGAGGAAGAGGAGGCAAUGCGACACAAGCACACGGCACCUGGUCCCGCUCGCAAACGCGCGAAGCACCAGCAGCUGCACCGCCAUCACCUGACGUGUCUUGAUUUGAUCCCCACGCUCUCCUCCCUCUUCUUCGAGCGGUUUCCCUUUGGCGGCGACGCCUGCUUCCACGGAGGGAACAAUGGGCUGGUGCUGUUGUGGUUGAAUGCACGAACAGCUCGCAUGAUGGCCAUUUCGUGGCUGUGGAUGCACCAGCACACAGCGAGCGACGACACCACCACCACCAGCAGCAGCAGCAGCAGUGAUGGCAGUGGCGGUAGUGGUUCACGCAAGCGCGGUAAGCGCGGCAAGGCGGCGAAGAAGGGUGGAGACACGAACAGGGAAUUUGAAUUUGGCGGCGAGCUGACCAAGUUCCUGCACGAUGCCGUGUCCUCCGCAAAGCAGAUGCAACAUGAAGCUGUGCUGCAACACGUCCUGCAAACCGUUGUUCUUCUCUCAACCAACUGCCUGCUUGGCGCGGAGGUGUUGGAUGCCGUCGCCAAGUUGCACGCCGCUGUACCGCUCGAUUCCUCGCACAAGCGCCUCACGUUCCACGUCAUGGCUGAGAUGCUGCGAUGGACAGCCUCCCUCUCGUCGAGCAAACCAGAUGAUGAAGCACUCAAGGCAAUCUGCAUGGAGUGGGCAAAGACGCUGCCUCGCCUCGCCUGGCAACUCAACGUGUCCAACACGUCUUUCUCACAUGACGCGCUCGCCACCAUCCACUUUGUCAUCGCACACAAGCUGCUGAGCGAGAAGGAUGCGGCGGCGACGGCGCGGCAGCUUGCGCGCCUCGUCAUCACCACCGCUAAAGGAAAGGACUUUGCAGGCCCGUUCCAGAAGUUGCCUGCACGCACUCAGCACUUGCUACUGGAUGUGCUGUCGCUGACGGCGGAUUCUGCUGCCAUGCACGACACUGCCCUCGUCGCCGCCCGCGCAGCAACGCUCCUGCGUGUCGACGCCACUGUCCACCGCCGCCUGGUCAAGCUUGCCAUCUCUGGCCGACACACAGCAACGCCAUUUGCGCUGGCCGCGGCACGCGUCUUCCUUGAUCUCGAAGCAGGGGUGGAUGUGGCCGCGGCUUGCGAAGAUGUCGUGUUGGACGGGCAGCCGCGCGUGUGCGCACCGCUGCUGUUGACCAUCGCCCAGGGCCGCGUCAAGGCCAAGGCUGCUGAGAGCCCCAAGGCCGUGCACGCAUCGGUAGCGCAGGCGGUGGCGACGGCCCAGCUGAUGUCUCGGUUGUGGUGCGAGGCGCGGCACAAGGAGACACCACCAAUCCCGCACAUCAUAGCACAGCUCUCCGCCGCAAAGGAUGCAGCAGUUCCGGUUGACCGAGCGUGUGGCCUCGUUGCGCUCGCAACAGCGCUCAGCCGCAUUGAAUCGCGGUUCGACGCAAGCAAAGCUCCCCUCCCGCCUGCUAUUGUGGAUUGCAUGGCAGCUGUGUUGUGUUUCCAUGCACGCCAUGGGCUUCCAGAGGACAGGCCGGCAACCGCCGUCGCCAAUGCCAAUACCGCCGCAGCUGCUACUGCUGCGCUCCAAACGCUCACCACACUCCUCGAUAUGGCAGUGGCGGUCUGCAACGGGGAUGCCGCAGUAUUGGCGCAGUUGCUGAGCGGUGUAGCAGCGCGGAUGGAUGCCGUUGGGGCAUCGAAAAUGCUACCUCUGCUUGCUUCCCUGUGCAAGGAUGAGCGCGUGCUUGACCUGCUGCGCCAAGAAGAAGAAGAAGGGGCGGUGGUUGAUGCCGCUGCCCGCGCCGCGUCUUCGUUGUACACCCUUCUCGCCACCAUCGCCACCACACACGAGCGGCUGUCCGCACAAGUGCGUCGCGUGCGACAGCAGUUGGAGCAGGAAGGCGUGGCUGAACCAACACCAUAAUUGUUGCCCCAUUAAAAUCUAUCUUUUUC